UUUAAUAAAUAACUUGUUUUGGGGGGGUCCGUUGUCAAAGCAACUGACGCUAUUCUAUCAAAAUAAUGAAGACUUUUGAUGUUUUUCUUUCUUUUUUACUUUUCCGAGAGUGCUGAAUGCUAUUUGUGUUGAAACUGGCCGAUUUUUAGUAGAAUGGCAGGCGAUCCUGAUAGUGAUAAAGUUGCAAAACUUGUCAAACUUAAAUUAGAGGACUAUUUCAACAGACAGCGUGUAGAGAAUGAGUUUGAUUCUUCUGGUAAAGGAAUACACACAACAACACCACUAGUAGUGCAGCUGGAGCUAAGCUACCUUCAAGCUGCAGAACAACAAUGGAAAGCUAAGAAGAAAGUUACAAGACAAAAGAACCUAGACACCAAACAAGACAAGAAAGAAACGCAGAAGUCAAGAGAUGGGGACAAGUCUAAUGAAACUGAACUUUCACCAAGAAUUAAGAAAAACAGCAAGUUGAAGUCAAGAGUCAAGGGUUCCGAGAUUGAACGUAUUACAAAGAAUGCUCAGACUACAAUGAGUCAAGUAUCUGUCAAUAGGAUUCACAGUGUUCAUCGAUAUCGACCUCAUCUUACACGUAAAGAUUAUGUUGACUUGGGGAAAGUCGCUCACGUCUCUCCUCAUGUAAAUGCCAUCUUAAAUACGGAAUAUGCCUGGAAAAAUGCAGAAGACAAUGAUGAUCGUGAAGCAGCGAGAAAGUAUGUUCAAGAAAAGAUGGAGUCACAGGCAAAAGAGAAAGAAGAAGAGAAAAAAGAGCAUCCAACAAGUACUGAUUGUAGAGAGAGAACUCCUGAAUGGCUCAGGGUACAGAGGGAAUCCCCAUCAAAUGAAGAGAUCAUCUCAAGAGAACCUGAUCAAGAAAGAGAUGGAGUCAAGGAGGAUUCAGACGAUGCGUCUAAGAAUGAUAAGACAAGGCGACAUGAUGAUAGUGGGCUAGAUGAUGAAUCAUUAAAAGAGGAUCAAGAUAAUCUCACAUCAGUAGAUGAUAGACAAGAUACUACCAGUGGUCAUCUCAAACUAGAUACUACCACACAAGAUACUACCGAUGAACAUAACAAACAAGAUACUACCAAACAAGAUACUACCAGUGGUCAUCUCAAACUAGAUAAUACCACACAAGAUACUACCGAUGAACAUAACAAACAAGAUACUGCCAGUGCUCAUCUCAAACUAGAUACUACCACACAAGAUACUACCGAUGAACAUAACAAACAAGAUACUACCAAACAAGAUACUGCCAGUGCUCAUCUCAAACUAGAUACUACCAAAAAAGAUACUACCAGUGGUCAUCUCAAACUAGAUACUACCACACAAGAUACUACCGAUAAACAUAACAAACAAGAUACUACCAGUGCUCAUCUCAAACUAGAUACUACCAAACAAGAUACUACCAACGAACAUAACAAACAAGAUACUACCAGUCUUCAUGACAAAGGUAAUGAAGUCAUUGAAUCGGGAGAAAGGGAUGAUGCAUUUAAUGAUAAUCUAAAAGAUGAUAAACAAGAUGUUGAGAGAGAGAAUGUGGAAAAAGAAGGAGACGAACAAGCUCAAGAAAGUGAUAUCAAAGAACAUGAGGAUAGACAUCAAGACAUUCCUGAUGAUAAGGAUGAACUUAAAACAGAAGAGUAUGUUAGAACAGAAAGCAUGUUAUCAUUAACUACAGUCGACAAUUCAUGAACUAGUAAUGCUUUUGAAUACAGGGACGGUUUGUACACGCCCACAAAGUGUUGUGACCCUUGACAAAUCAUUCUAUCUUCUCCAACAUGUCCAAGCCUCUUUCAAAGACUAGAGUGUUGUACUUUUCAUUCGAAUUCGAGUUAUUGGAUAGAAACACAUACUUUUGUAAAAUGAAAUGUACCAGAAGUAGGAUAGCGAAAAAAAAACAUGAAUCUAAAUUUCCAAAAAAUGUUUGCUGUAAAUAUUCCUGAUCUCAUUUGUAUUGUGUUCAUGAAUUAUAAUGAGAUUUUGACGUUUAAUUUGCACUGCGAAUAAAUAAUAUUACUGUUUUACCCAUGAACUGAUAUGUGUAAAGCACUAUAAUUUUUGUAUUUUUUUGGUAUAUUGCUUUAUCUAUGAGAGUCGCAAAGCACUUUCAUCAAUUAUUGUUGACAUACCUAAUUCUGACGUUCUUGCAUUAUGAGACCCAUGUAAGUAUCAUCUUACAAGAGUUCACAAAGUGCUGCAGCUCUCUCAGUAGCCACUGCAAGCAACACCGGGGCAACUCCUCUUAGUAUGAGUACAACUGCAUAAAAAUUCCUGCUUAGCAAUAAUGAGCAGGACCAGUCACAAACUGUACAUGUGACAAUGUUGUUUUGGCUGGUAACCUUAU